UCUCACUUGGAGGUGGCGAUGCUGCAGGGGGCGGUGGCGGUGGUCGUUGGCUGGGCUGGGGGCUGUGCAGUCGGAAAGGAGGCUGGUCACGGCUUUGGGCGACCUCGACACGACCCGGCACAGAAGACAACUAGCCCCGGAGGAGACGAGCGUGCCCCACACAACUCUUGACUGCUGCAGGGGGAACGACUAGGUGUGCCCGCGGCGGGGAGGGGACGCACCCGCGCGAGUGCUCGCAGCCUUCAUUUCCCUAUCCCUGGGCGGGGGAGGGGCCCCAGUCGCCGCCGAGGCCGCCGAGCGGAGAAAGUGCGCGAAGGGGCCGCGGCUGCCGGCCUCACACGUGACGGCCCCGCGCGCGGAGCCGAGCCGGCCCGGGGGUGGCGGCGGUGACGGGCGCAGCGGGGCGGCGUGGAGCCGCGCGGGCUGCCUGGAAGCUCCGGGAGCGGCGCGCGCGACCCGGCGCCGCCGCUCUCUCGGUCUCGCGCUGCACAUUCUCUCCUGGCGGCGGCGCCACCUGCAGUAGCGUUCGCCUGAACAUGGCGACACGGAGCAGCAGGAGGGAGUCGCGACUCCCCUUCCUAUUCACCCUGGUCGCGCUGCUGCCGCCCGGGGCUCUCUGCGAGGUCUGGACGCAGACGCUGCACGGCGGCCGCCCACCUUUGCCGCAGGACCGGGGCUUCCUCGUGGUGCAGGGCGACCCGCGCGAGCUGCGGCUGUGGGCGCGCGGGGACACCCGGGGGGCGGACGAGAAGCCGCUCCGGAGGAGACGGAGCGCUGCUCUGCAGCCGGAGCCCAUCAAGGUGUAUGGACAGGUUAGUCUGAAUGAUUCCCACAACCAGAUGGUGGUGCACUGGGCUGGAGAGAAAAGCAACGUGAUCGUGGCCUUAGCCCGAGACAGCCUGGCGUUGGCGAGGCCCAAGAGCAGUGAUGUGUACGUGUCUUACGACUAUGGAAAAUCAUUCCAGAAGAUUUCAGGAAAGUUAAACUUUGGUGUGGGAAAUGAUAGUGAAGCCGUGAUCGCCCAGUUCUACCACAGUCCUGCGGACAACAAGCGUUACAUCUUUGCAGAUGCUUACGCCCAGUACCUCUGGAUCACGUUUGACUUUUGUAAUACUAUCCAAGGUUUUUCCAUCCCAUUCCGGGCAGCUGAUCUCCUUCUGCACAGUAAGGCCUCCAACCUUCUCCUGGGCUUUGACCGGUCUCACCCCAACAAGCAGCUCUGGAAGUCAGAUGAUUUCGGACAGACUUGGAUCAUGAUUCAGGAGCAUGUGAAGUCCUUUUCUUGGGGAAUUGAUCCCUACGACAAGCCAAACACCAUCUACAUUGAACGGCAUGAACCCUCUGGUUACUCCACAGUUUUCCGAAGUACAGACUUCUUUCAGUCCCGGGAAAACCAGGAGGUGAUCCUCGAGGAAGUGAGAGACUUUCAGCUUCGAGACAAGUACAUGUUUGCUACAAAGGUGGUGCAUCGCUUCGGCAGUCAGCAGCCACCUUCUGUGCAGCUCUGGGUCUCCUUUGGCCGGAAGCCCAUGCGAGCAGCCCAGUUUGUCACAAGACAUCCUAUUAAUGAAUAUUACAUCGCGGAUGCCUCCGAGGACCAGGUGUUCGUGUGUGUCAGUCAUAGUAACAACCGCACCAACUUGUACAUCUCAGAGGCAGAGGGGCUGAAGUUCUCCUUGUCCUUGGAGAACGUGCUCUAUUACAGCCCAGGAGGGGCUGGCAGUGACACCCUGGUGAGGUAUUUUGCUAAUGAACCAUUUGCUGACUUCCACCGCGUGGAAGGGUUACAAGGAGUCUACAUUGCUACUCUGAUUAAUGGUUCCAUGAAUGAGGAGAACACGCGAUCAGUCAUCACCUUUGACAAAGGGGGAACCUGGGAAUUUCUUCAGGCUCCAGCCUUCACAGGAUAUGGAGAAAAAAUCAGUUGUGAGCUGUCCCAGGGCUGUUCCCUCCACCUGGCACAGCGGCUCAGUCAGCUGCUCAACCUCCAGCUCCGGAGGAUGCCCAUUCUAUCCAAGGAGUCGGCUCCCGGCCUCAUCAUCGCCACGGGUUCAGUGGGAAAGAACUUAGCAAGCAAGAUGAACGUGUACAUCUCUAGCAGUGCCGGAGCCCGGUGGCGAGAGGCACUUCCCGGACCUCACUACUAUACUUGGGGAGAUCAUGGCGGCAUCAUCAUGGCUAUCAUCCAGGGCAUGGAAACCAACGAGUUAAAAUACAGUACCAAUGAAGGGGAGACCUGGAAAACGUUCAUCUUCUCUGAGAAGCCAGUGUUUGUGUAUGGGCUCCUCACAGAACCUGGCGAGAAGAGCACCGUCUUCACCAUCUUUGGCUCCAACAAAGAGAAUGUCCACAGUUGGCUGAUCCUCCAGGUCAAUGCCACAGACGCCUUGGGGGUUCCCUGCACAGAGAAUGACUACAAGCUGUGGUCACCGUCUGAUGAGCGGGGCAACGAGUGUUUGCUAGGACACAAGACUGUGUUCAAGCGGAGGACCCCCCAUGCAACGUGCUUUAAUGGAGAAGACUUUGACAGGCCGGUGGUCGUGUCCAACUGCUCCUGCACCCGAGAGGACUAUGAGUGUGACUUCAGCUUCAAGAUGAGUGAAGAUUUGUCAUUAGAAGUUUGUGUUCCAGACCCUGAGUUUUCUGGGAAGUCGUACUCCCCUCCUGUGCCUUGUCCUGUGGGUUCUACUUACAGGAGAACAAGAGGCUAUCGGAAGAUUUCUGGGGACACUUGCAGUGGAGGAGAUGUUGAAGCGCGACUGGAAGGAGAACUGGUCCCGUGUCCCUUGGCAGAGGAGAACGAAUUCAUCCUGUACGCCACGCGGAAAUCCAUCCACCGCUAUGACCUAGCGUCAGGGGCCACCGAGCAGUUGCCUCUCACCGGGUUGCGGGCAGCGGUGGCCCUGGACUUUGACUAUGAGCACAACUGCUUGUAUUGGUCUGACCUGGCCUUGGAUAUCAUCCAGCGCCUCUGUUUGAAUGGGAGUACCGGGCAAGAGGUGAUCAUCAAUUCCGGCCUGGAGACAGUAGAAGCCUUGGCCUUUGAACCCCUCAGCCAGUUACUUUACUGGGUGGAUGCCGGCUUUAAAAGGAUUGAGGUAGCUCAUCCAGAUGGUGACUUCCGACUCACGAUCGUCAAUUCCUCUGUGCUUGAUCGACCCAGGGCUCUGGUCCUCAUGCCCCAGGAGGGGGUGAUGUUCUGGACCGACUGGGGAGACCUGAAGCCUGGUAUUUAUCGUAGCAAUAUGGACGGCUCUGCUGUCCAUCGUCUUGUGUCAGAGGAUGUGAAGUGGCCCAAUGGCAUCUCCGUGGAUGACCAGUGGAUCUAUUGGACAGACGCCUACCUCGACUGCAUUGAGCGGAUCACUUUCAGCGGCCAGCAGCGCUCAAUGAUCCUGGACAACCUCCCACACCCCUAUGCCAUUGCUGUCUUUAAGAACACCUGUCUCCGCAACCAGUACCGCUGCAGUAAUGGGAACUGUAUCAACAGCAUUUGGUGGUGUGAUUUUGACAACGACUGUGGAGACAUGAGCGAUGAGAGAAACUGCCCUACUACCGUUUGUGAUCUGGACACCCAGUUUCGUUGCCAGGAGUCCGGGACCUGCAUCCCCCUGUCCUACAAAUGUGAUCUCGAAGAUGACUGUGGUGACAAUAGCGACGAAAGUCACUGUGAAAUGCACCAGUGCCGGAGUGACGAAUACAACUGCAGCUCUGGCAUGUGCAUCCGCUCCUCCUGGGUGUGUGACGGGGACAAUGACUGCAGGGACUGGUCUGAUGAAGCCAACUGUACUGCCAUCUAUCACACCUGUGAGGCCUCCAACUUCCAGUGUCGCAAUGGGCACUGCAUCCCCCAGCGGUGGGCCUGUGAUGGUGACAUGGAUUGCCAAGAUGGUUCUGAUGAGGAUCCGACCAACUGUGUGAUCCCACCACCAGAUAUCCACAUUGACAACUAUAGUGAAAAUUCUCUAAGCUUUACCCUGACCAUGGAUAGUGACAUCAAGGUGAAUGGCUAUGUGGUGAACCUCUUUUGGGCAUUUGACACCCACAAACAAGAAAAGAGAACUUUGAACUUCCGAGGGAGCAUAUUGUCACACAAAGCCACGCACAGCACCUUGACCUGUAUGAGCAGGGAGUUCAGGUGUGAGGACGGCGAGGCCUGUAUCCUGCUCUCGGAGCGCUGCGAUGGCUUCCUGGACUGCUCCGAUGAGAGCGACGAGAGGGCCUGCAGCGAUGAGUUAGCUGUAUACAAAGUACAGAAUCUUCAGUGGACAGCUGAUUUCUCUGGGGAAGUAACUUUGACCUGGAUGCGGCCCAAGAAAAUGCCUUCUGCUUCUUGUGUAUAUAAUGUCUACUAUAGGCUGGUUGGAGAGAGCAUAUGGAAGACUCUGGAGACCCACAGCAAUAAAACAAACAUGAUAUUAAAAGUCUUGAAGCCAGAUACCACUUAUCAGGUGAAAGUCCAGGCCCAGUGUCUGAGCAAGGUGCACAGUACCAAUGAUUUCGUGACUCUGAGGACCCCAGAAGGAUCCCAAGACCCCGAGUUCCACAAGGUUUGUGAUGAGUUCAGUUUCCAAUGUCAGAAUGGAGUGUGCAUCAGUUUGAUUUGGAAGUGUGACGGGAUGGAUGACUGUGGCGACUACUCUGAUGAAGCCAGCUGUGAAAACCCUACAGAAGCCCCAAACUGCUCCCGCUACUUCCAGUUCCAGUGUGAGAACAGCCGCUGCAUCCCCAAUAGAUGGAAAUGUGACGGGGAGAAUGACUGUGGGGACUGGUCUGAUGAGAAAGAUUGUGGAGAUUCACAUAUUCUUCCCUCCCCGACUCCUGGGUCCUCUACGUGUCCACCUAAUUACUACCGCUGCAGCAAUGGGGCCUGCGUGAUGGACAGCUGGGUGUGUGACGGGUACCGAGAUUGUGCAGAUGGCUCUGAUGAGGAAGCCUGUCCAUCUCCCGAGAAGAAGUGCAAUGGAUUCCGCUGCCCGAACGGCACCUGCAUCCCAUCCAGCAAACACUGCGAUGGUCUGCAGGAUUGCUCGGAUGGCUCCGAUGAGCAGCACUGUGAGCCCCUCUGCACACGCUUCAUGGACUUCGUGUGUAAGAACCGCCAGCAGUGCCUGUUUCACUCCAUGGUGUGCGACGGGAUCAUCCAGUGCCGCGAUGGCUCAGAUGAGGACGCAGUGUUUGCGGGAUGCUUGAUGUGCUUUGAUGUGGGUCCUUUUCUGUCCAACGUAGUGAACACUGAUAGGCUUUUUAUUCUGGUUUAUGGUAUCUUCUAUGCUACAUCCUUUCUUGACCUCUAUCGCAACCCAAAGAGCUUGACAACUUCACUCCACAACAAAACAGUCAUUGUCAGUAGGGAUGAGCAGUAUUUGUUUCUGGUCCGCGUGGUGGUCCCUUACCAAGGGCCGUCCUCAGACUAUGUGGUAGUGAGGAUGAUCCCGGACAGCAGGCUCCCUCCCCGUCACCUGCAUGCGGUUCACACAGGCAAAACCUCAGCUGUCAUCAAGUGGGAAUCCCCUUAUGAUUCUCCUGACCAGGACUUGUUGUAUGCAAUUGCAGUUAAAGAUCUAAUACGGAAGAGCGACAGGAGCUACAAAGUCAAAUCCCGCAACAGUACCGUGGAAUACACCCUUAACAAGUUGGAACCUGGAGGGAAAUACCAUGUCAUUGUCCAACUGGGGAACAUGAGCAAAGAUUCCAGUAUAAAAAUUACCACAGUUUCGUUAUCAGCACCCGAUGCCUUAAAAAUCAUAACAGAAAAUGACCAUGUUCUUCUGUUUUGGAAAAGUCUAGCUUUGAAGGAGAAGUAUUUUAAUGAAAGCAGGGGCUACGAGAUACACAUGCUGGAUAGUGCCAUGAAUAUCACAGCUUACCUUGGGAAUACUACUGACAAUUUCUUUAAAAUUUCCAACCUGAAAUUGGGUCAUAACUAUACUUUCACUGUCCAAGCAAGAUGCCUUUUUGGCAGCCAGAUUUGUGGGGAGCCUGCUGUCCUGCUGUAUGACGAUUUGGGAUCCGGUGGGGAUGCGUCAGCGCUUCAGGCUGCCAGAUCGACUGAUGUUGCUGCCGUGGUGGUGCCCAUCUUGUUCCUGAUACUGCUGAGCCUCGGGGCCGGGUUUGCCGUCCUGUACACAAAGCAUCGGAGGCUGCAGAGCAGCUUCACUGCCUUCGCCAAUAGCCACUACAGCUCCAGGCUGGGCUCGGCCAUUUUCUCCUCAGGGGACGAUCUGGGAGAGGACGACGAAGAUGCCCCGAUGAUAACUGGAUUUUCAGAUGACGUCCCUAUGGUGAUAGCCUGAAAGAGCUUUCCUCACUAGAAACCAAAUGGUGUAAAUAUUUUAUUUGAUAAAGAUAGUUGAUGGUUUAUUUUAAAAGAUGCACUUUGAGUUGCAAUAUGUUAUUUUUAUAUGGGCCAAAAACAAAACAAAAACAAAAAAAAAAAGAAAGGAAGGAAUGAAUAAACUUUGUAGUAAUCAACUGUGAACUUCAAACCAGGUUGAUUUUAGUCACCAAAUUGCUUUGAUUUGAUAUUAAUGUAGUCUUACAGGGCUGUGCUUGCUGGGCAUGCUUUUAAGUCUGUGAGAUAAUUUUGGUUCAAUAAAUUGGCCAUUCUUUUUAUUUUUCUAAGACACAGAAAUGUAUUUAAUAAAGACUUCAAGAGAAAGUGAUGGGUGGAAUCCCUCCUCCUUGAAAGUGUGCUCAAAGUUUAAAUUUUGUUUGGGUUUAGUUUAUGUGAAAGUGUUUGGGUGUAUUAUGGGGGAAGGUUCUUUCAUGUUAUUUUGUUAAUUUAUUGGGACUGUAAAAGGCAAGGUUUUAGUGGUCAUCUGACACCACAAAUGUUACGAGCCCCUCGUCCAUAGGACUGAGGGGUGAGGAACGGAAGCAGUUUGUUGCCAUUCUGGAAAUAAUCUGUUUUUAUUAACUUGGUGUGUCACAUAAUGGUAUUUGGCAGGAGAGCGUGUUGAGUCAUUGCUCCAUUUUAGUUAAACAGAGCUGCAGCUUGGGAAGCCUUGCAAGCAACAGCUUCCUCUCAUAUUAAUUGAUGGACUCUUACUAUAUAUGCUUCUGUAGAAGAUGUAGCUUUCAAAGCUACAAAAUGAUAACACUGCUAUUUUAUACACUGGUGUCAUUGUCAUUGCAAAAAAUUACUCUGGUUAUGGGAGAGACCUGUGCCGUGAUAGAUACACUGGCAAAUGUAGAAGCAUUUUUGAUUUUUGUUUUGUUUUGUUUUUACUUAUCACUGAAGAAUCUCGAAUGUAAAGUUCUAUAUUUGUGUUGGGGUGACCACUUAUUGUCCUUAAAAAUCCAUACCGAUAUAUGCAGUCAUUUUGAAUUGGGUCAGUGCCUUCUCUAUUUUUCUUUUCUUCCACCUCCCUUGCCCAUACCCUUGCCCAACUUAAAGAGAAAGUGCUCUUCACUCUUACAGAGAUACAGAAGGUCUACGAAUUUGAAACCCUUUGAUCCAGUUCACAGUAGCAGCAACACUAGAGUUUAUGUAAAAUAAGCUGAGAUUUUUUGUCUUCUUCCUUUAAAUGCCACCCUUGUAUUCAAAUCCUGGCUACAUGACAGGUAUGUGGAAUCCAUUGCAGACUGAUGCCCACCCACCCUUUCGAUUUAAUGUUUAGGCACCAAUGUCUAGCAUUGUCGCGACUUCUACUGUAUGGACCUCACUGCAGAACUUCUUCCGUCCGAGAAGCACUGAGCUCUGGGGAGAGUCCAGAGUCACGCUUGCGAAUAUGUCCUUUAUCUACCAGCUCCCUAAAAACCUCAUCUCCUCUCAGACGCAAUAUACCGUCGUCUCACAAGUAUUUGCUUUCUUUUAACCACAAGAGUCAUUCUUGGGCGAUAAUAUAGUUUCCUUCUACCUAGGGAUUGUUUGGAAAACAAAGAGCCACUUAUAUUUUUUUAGUAAGGCUCCAUGUUAUUUUAACAAGUGGUGGUAAUGAUGAAUCUCCUGCCAGCAUAUUUUCUCUUCUUUGCUAUCUCUCUCCUUUGUUAAUUUUUUUUAAAGACUGGCGUUUCUUUGGCUUUAUCUCAUCUUAACUUACCUUGGAGUUUCGUUCACAAUUCUAAGCCCUACCACCUCCACUUUAAUAAGCUCCUUAAAUAGCUGAAAGAUUAAGUCUGGUGGGAGGCAAGUCAUUUCAUUGAACUACUAGGAAGUAUAUUUUCUUCUUUUAUUUUUCUGCCAACUUUUUGGUGGCAUUGGUAAAAGCUGAUCUAAAAAAGGCUCUGAGACUUCAUUUUGAGUUAUUCUUUCGGCAAGCCUUUUUACAGAGCAUGUGCCUCCAGUUGGCAACUUAAGAUAUUUCUGAGCAUCGAAUUCUCGUUCCCAGUGCCUCCCAGGGGUUAGUACACAGUACUGUACAGACUGGCCAUCACCCUUCUCCUUUGAAAAAUGCCACUGUGCUGUUUGAGAAAAUGCAACCCUUUAGGGCUACAGUAUUUUAUAUAAACAGAAGAGCUAAGUUCCUGAAGACUAAGCUAGAUAGAUGCAGCUAUGUGUAAAUCAUAUAUUUUUUAUGAACUUUUGAAGCACGCACUCUUAUUUCCCUCUGCAUAGCUUUGUGGAGUUUUGAUGUAUAUAUGCCGUCUGCAAGAGUCCAGAGGUUGGAGUGACAAUAGGAAAUUAAAACUGUGUGCAGCCUUUGAGAGUGACCGUAUAAUUGUCUUCACUGUGACCACUUGGAGCUCCUGGUUGAACAAGGGGCUGUUGUACCUCAUUGGCGAUGCCACCUCAAAAGUUCACACUGUACAGGGAAAAAGUUUUGUUCUCUCCCAGGGCACAUUAGAAUGUGCAUUGGAAGUGCACAUCCAUGACCGUGAUGGACCACUAAUGCACCACGAAAAUUUGGCAGGCAGCAGGGUUGAGUACAAAUUCUCUCUGGAAGCUGAUUUUGCCCCUUUAUGUAUUGAAUGCCCUUGAGCCUUAUGAGACAUGAGUUUAUGCAGAUAACAUGACAGAGAGUAGAGUUCUGCAGAGGAUUCCAGAGAGAAGUCAUGUCUUUCCCCAGGCAGGUGAGAUGCGCCAGUAACUAACUACUGGCUACCCUGGAAAACUAGGGAGGGAGUUACGAUUCUGAGUAGCUGGUUGAAAAUUCUGACUUGGGAAGAAGGGUUCCUGGGGUUCCAUCUCUGGUGGUAUCACUAGGGGUAGUUGGGUGGGACAGAUGUGGGACACACAGCUGCAUGGUCUCGCCUGCGCAUCAUGUGUGGUCCACUAGAUUAAAUUAUACUUCCAUAAUUGAAGGAAUGUCACCCUUCUCAAAGCAGUGGUCAUUUUGGGAGGAACUGGGGGGAGUGAUGGUGUUGUGACGCCCUUAUAGAUAAUCACCCACUUCUCCAUGGAGAAUCCUGCCUUCAAAUAGCCACCUAGCAGCCACUCCAUUUAGUAAGGUUAUAUUCCCAGUACUUCCUUAAGGGCAGGAACCCCAUCCAUCAGGUUUGGUUGAUCACUUUCCUGCUGAGGAGGUCAUGGUGAAUCCCUGAAAAGAUUUUUCUCUUCCUCUGGCAGAGAAUUGGUAGGUCCCUUAGAGAAAAGGAUACAGGGGUGCAAGCAAAUUGAAUACCACCUCCAUAUUGAUUUUCAGAAUUCACUCUAAAACUCUAUUCAGAAUCUUUACUUGAUUUGGGAUUGUAUCUUGACAUUCCAAUUAUGUUAUUUUUCUUAACGGGAGUGUGUGCUGCCUUUCAGGUACAAUUUUUGUGUAAUAAAAGUCAGUGCAUUAAGUUUAUAUAGACUACUUUCUAUGCAAGACUGAGAUAUGGAAUAGAUAGCAAGAGAUAUGUACUGUUGGGUACGUGAACAAUAAACAUGUUUUCAGAAGGGGUAUCACCACUGGAUAUGGAUUGAGGGAGGACAGGUUGUAUAUAUGUUCCUGCCCACUAAUUCCGAGCAGCCAUAUUAUGAAUUAAAUCAUCAGAGCCAAAUGACCCAAGAAUGGUAUUAGUUUCAUGUGUCAUAGCUAAAAUGGAAUAUGUAUGAAUUCUGAACUGGGACAUUAUUCCCAGAUAUUCCAUGUUGUUUUCAUUUAAAGACUCUUGUUAUGAAUUAUUAGAAACUUUUAGGCAAAAUGAAAAGUAUUUGCAGCAAAAUAAAGGCCUACUCUGCUCUUAUGUAAAGUAAAACACUGUAUAUUUGUUUCUCUCCAAAGUGAAAAUAGGUAUUUAUAAUUUCAGUUGCCUUGAUAAGUUUCCAAAUCACUGAAUUCUGCUGAAGAUUUUACUAUAUUGUUGCACAAUUUUAAGAUAAUUUUUGUCUCAAUGUCAACUUUUUCACUGAAUAAAAAUAUAACUGGGUCAAGAAAACAUCUAUUUGAAAAUCCACUCUCUACGCGUGUCUUGAGUUGUUUUUUUGAGUGCAAUAAAGAUGAUUAAUAUAGUCUCUGAA